AUGGGAAAAUAUGUGUUUCUUCCUCAGGUGUCCGUCUCUGUGUUUGGACUGGCUGUCCUACUCUCCCUACCUGAGCAUGCUUCACUGGAUUCAGUAUUUCAAAACACCUCAGGAGCUGUGUAUCCAGGAUCUGUGUUUGUGAAGGAGGCUCUUCAGAGGGCUAUAGAGCUGACUGAUGCUGCUUACAAGCACACAACUGAAAGGGUGAAGAACUCUCUGUCGGAGGGGGCUCUGAGACCCAGCGACCUGCUGGUCUCAGUUUAACAGACAGAAGCCAGAACCAGGACCCAGGUCUGGGCUGCAGAACUGCUAGACAACAUGGAGCUGAUCAGAGAGAUGGUGUACACUCACCCGAUGGUGCAGCCUAGCCCUCAUGAGCUGCUGAGUGAAGCAGAUGUGGAGAAUCUGCUGCAGGCGACAGGCUGCUCUGCAGAGCUGCAAACACCCAGCUGUGAGUCUGACUGUCUAUCAGAGCGCUACAGAUCUGUCACAGGAGAGUGCAACAACAGACGGCAUCCCAGAUGGGGAGCCGCAAACAUACCAUACUCCCGCUGGCUCCCUCCAGAGUACGAGGAUGCAUGGGGGAUGCCCAGAGGUUGGGAUCCAGAGCACACCUACCACAACACCUCCCUUCCUCCAGUGCGGCUGGUGUCUCAGGAGGUGCUGUUCACCCACAACGACAACAUCUCUCUGGACUCCACUCUGUCUCAUCUGCUGGUGGAGUGGGGUCAGUGGAUAGACCAUGACUUGGUGCUGACACCACAGAGCCCCAGCACGGCCGCCUUCAGGACCGGAGCUGACUGCACUCGCACCUGCAGCCGGGACACACCCUGCUUCCCUAUUCAGAUCCCUCUGUCAGAUCCUCGCAAUGGCGUCCAGAACUGUAUGCCCUUCUUCCGCUCUGCUCCCAGCUGUGUCUCUGGAGUUUUAUCUCAUCGCCAGAGAGAGCAGCUCAACGCCAUCACCUCCUUUGUCGACGCUAGCAUGGUGUACGGCAGCUCCACCAGCCUGGCCUCAGCUCUGAGAAACCACUCCUCUCUUCUGGGCGAGAUGGCCCUCAACUCCCAGUACUCAGACCAAGAGCUGGCCUACAUGCCGUUCAUGCCACGCCUGCAGGCUCACCUGGACCCGUGCGGCCCUCGAAACUCCACCACCUCAAGGUCAUGGGACAGAUCCUCACACCAGGAGAACACCACUUCCUGCUUUCACGCUGGUGAUUCAAGAGCUAAUGAGCAUCUGGGAAUGAUUGCCCUGCACACACUGUUUCUGAGAGAGCACAACCGCCUGGUUAGAGAGCUGCACCGUCUCAACCCUCACUGGAGCCCAGACACCCUCUAUCAGGAGGCCCGCAAGAUCAUGGGAGCCAUUCACCAGAUCCUAACAUGGGAGCACUAUCUGCGGGUCCUUGGUGAGCGCACCACCUCUCGUCUGAUGCCCCCAUACGAAGCUUACAAUCCUGAGGUGGAUCCCAGCAUUAACGCCUUUGCAGCUGCUGCAUUUCGUUUUGCCCACGUCACAGUGCAGCCUGUGGUGAACAGGCUGGGACCAGGAUACACCACUGAUUCCCAGCAUGCCCCACUACCUCUGCAUCACUCACUCGCCUCUUGGAGGGUUGUGCAGGAAGGUGGUAUAGACCCAGUGCUGCGUGGACUGUUGUCUCCAGCCAAGCUGCAGACUCCGGGUCAGAUGAUGGUAGAGGAGCUGACAGAGAGACUGUUUCAGGCACAAGGAGGGAUGCCUCUGGACCUUGGGGCUCUUAACCUCCAGAGGGGCCGAGAUCACGGCCUGCCAGGAUAUAGCUCAUGGAGAAAGUUCUGCAGCCUCUCUGUUCCCAACACCACAUCUGAACUGGCUGAAAUUUUGGGUAACUUCACUUUGGCUCAUAAGCUCCAGCUCCUGUACGGGACACCACAUAAUAUCGAUGUGUGGGUGGGGGCCAUCUCUGAGCCCGCUCUUCCGGGAGGUCGAGUCGGACCGCUCUUGUCCUGCCUGCUGGCGAAACAAUUCAGAUCACUGAGAGAUGGGGACAGGUUUUGGUGGGAGAGGGAGGGAGUUUUCACCAGCACCCAGAGGAGGCACCUCCACACCGUCUCUCUGUCCCGCAUUAUUUGUGACAACAGCCACAUCACCCACGUCCCAGUUAACCCAUUUUCACGCACUGAGAGACCUGAGGACAUGCUGGCCUGUUCACACCCGCUCAUCUCCACCCUCGACCUCAACCCGUGGAAAGAGCCCGACACAGAUCCCAGCUGUGGUGCCUUUCCCAGGAUUCAAUCUGGUUACUCUCUGCUCUGUGACUCUGAGAUUUUGUAUCAGUGUCACAUUGGCUUCAAGCUGCUGGGAUCGUCAUCUGUCAGGUGUGAUCCAAACAGCCAGCAGUGGAGCCCCAAACCCCCAACAUGCCAAGAUAUUAAUGAAUGUGAAGAACAAAGUUCUCUCUGCCCACAAAACCUGGAGUGCCUCAACACACCAGGCUCCUUCAUUUGCUCAGAACCCUCCUCGCUGUCAGCCGUCUCUGUGGUCACUGCAGUGAUAGUAGUGAUUGGUGGCGGGGCUUUGUUGCUGGUGAUGAUGUUCUGUUAUCGAAGAUAUUUCCCAAAGAAAGAAAACUUAAUUAAUGCACAGUGUUGUCAGGGGAAGAGUUAGUUUGUCAGAAUUUGUUCAAAAGGCGGUCUUAUAAAAAUAUCUCACUGUCUUUGGUUUAUUGCUUCUUAAGAUAAUCAUCGGACUGUUUUUUUUUCUGUCUACUGUCAGUCAUACUGAGCUAAAGAUAAUCAGAAUGAAUCAGAAUGAAUCAUUGCUCGUUAUCAGGUAUCCCUGUGGUUGACUGGCUCACUUUACAGCAUGUUUUUUCUUAUCACUGAUCACUAUGACUGUUCAUUCAUUAAACCAAACUGUAUUUUUAAGGUA